UUGACCUCCCCCAUGUUUUAUUUUCUAUUUAUUUAUUUGAUAUUUUUUCAGGCAGAAAUGGAGGCUGAUGGCGUCCUGUGUGUCACCGCGAGCGGGCAGAGGGGCAGGGUGACGGACGGACAGUAGAGCAGGAGAAAUAAUAAUAAUAAUAAUCAGAAUAAUAAUCAUAAUAAAUGAACGAGAGAGAGUGUGAGAGAGAGGAGACGGAGAUUUACACAAUAGAGAGAGAGAGAGAGAGAGAGAUGAGGAGAACAAUAGACACGUUCGUGCGCGGACUGAUUGCUGUUUAAUCCGGAUUGUUGUGUAUUUCUGAUUUAUUUAGUGAAUUAAACAGUCGGUAGGGAAAGAGUGCUGUUUAAAGGGUGUUAAAUUAAGGCUGGGCUUGAGCAGAGAGUGAGAGUGUGGGUGUGUGUGUGUGUAUAUGUAUGUGUCUAAGUGUGUGUAGUGUAGUGUUUAAUCUCUGCAGGUAUUUCACUGCAUUAGUAUUUACACCCUGUGCACACACUCCAGCUGCACGCUUGUCCUCCAUUUAUUUAUUUAUUAUUAUUAUUAUUAUUAUUAAUAAUAAUAGUAUGUGUGUGUGUGAGACAGAGAGAGAGAGAGUGUAUAAGUGAGUGAGUGAGAGGGGACGAGAAAAAGGGAAGGCAAGAAAACAGGAGAAAGAAACAAGGAAGCGCUCCCUCUAUCCUGCCUCCAUCCGAGCGCGUGCGCCUUUUAUUAUUAUUCUUAACAUAAUUAUUAUUAUUAUUAAUAUUAUUUUUUUUUGCAAGUGAAGCUAAUAAUUUCUAAUGCGCGCGCCGGGAGUAUGCGACUCGGCGCUGAUCACAGAGUGUAGAGGUGAUGUCGGGCAGUAAGGCUCUGGGGGGGGCGAGGCGGCGCCGUACCCGUUGCCGGCGCUGUCAGGCCUGUAUGCGCUCCGAGUGUGGAGAGUGUCACUUCUGCAAGGACAUGAAGAAGUUCGGGGGACCGGGACGCAUGAAACAGUCCUGUCUACUGAGACAGUGCACUGCCCCUGUGCUUCCUCACACGGCGGUGUGUUUUGCGUGUGGAGAAGCUGGAAAGGAGGACACUGUGGAGUCUGAGGAGGAGAAGUUUAGUCUCUCUCUGAUGGAGUGUACCAUCUGCAACGAGAUCAUCCACCCCAGCUGCCUUAAGAUGGGUAAAGCAGAAGGCAUCAUCAACGAUGAGAUCCCGAACUGCUGGGAGUGUCCCAAAUGCCACAAGGAGGGCAAAACCAGUAAGGAUGGAGAUGGUCUGGGGAAGAGGCGGCUGGAUAACGGUGAAGUCGGCCGGUGGAAGCUCACAGACGACCCGCCCCCGAGCAAGAAGAAACCUCCGUCUGCUGAGGAGACGCGCCAGGACGGGCAGAAACGCAAGAAGGAGAAGGAGCUGUCUCAGGAAAGCGGGCCCAAGAAGAAGAUGAAAGGUGCUCGGGAGAAACACCUGAAAAAGCAGAAGCAGAAGCCGAACUCCUCCGACUCGGCCGAGACCAACGGGCCGAACUCCUCCUCCGGGGGUCAAGGGUCAGCAGGGGUAGGCUCGGCAACGCAGCCGCCGUCCUCAACCUCCAACCAGGACCAGCGCUCUCACCACCGGGAGAAGCUGGAGCGGUUUAAGCGCAUGUGCCAGCUGCUGGAGCGCACUAGAGACUCCUCCUCCUCUUCUUCCUCUUCCUCCAGCUCAGAGUCAGACUCGGAUUCCGACUCUGAUUCGGAUUCGGCAUCUCCUGGCGGCGCUUCCGAGCCGUCAUCCCCAGCGGCGACGUACAACUCCAGAGAGAGAGAGCGUGAACGUGAGCGAGAGAAAGAGCGUGAGCGAGAGAGAAAUCGCCGCCUGGCUGAACUGGGCUUCAGCGCCAGCGAUGACUCGGAUGGCGAGAGAACAGGAAAUGAACAGGAACAGGAAGUGACGGCGGAGGAGGCUCAGCAACAACAACAACAACAACAGCAUCAACAGCAGCGUAGCCGAAAAUCUGAAAACACUCCGAGGGGACGCAAAUCAGCCGCGGUGACGGAGGUCGAGGAUGAGGAUGCGGUCGGCGGCGGAGAGAAAAACAGGAAAGCCGGGCUGCUGACUCCGCCUUCUCCAUCAGCCCUGUCCACCAGUCAGCAUCAGCCUUCCAUUGGCCACGCCCACUCAGAGAGCGUGUCAAAGCGCAGCAACGGACAGGAGGUGUCACGGAAUGGUCGGACUCGGCUGGAGAAAGAGAACGCCAAGAGUAACAGCGGAGGUGCUAAUGCUAAUCAUCGACACCAGACUAAUAAAACUGGGCGAGCGGGAAAAAUGCGGAGCGGAACAAAGCAGACACCGUCGCAGACAGCUGGAAGCGGGACGGCCAACGGAGGAAACGGAGGCGUCCUCCUGUCCAAUCCGGCGUCUCGCAUCGCGGCCCAGCUGACCUUUAACUCCCCACCCAAAGCGGUGCAGAUGGAGAGACACCUGGUGCGUCCUCCCCCCGCCUGCCCCGAGCCACACUGCCUCCCGCUGGACAGCGGCGCGUCUCACGUCCUGCCCCGAGACGUCUGGCUCCGAGUGUUCCAGCACCUCAGCCAAAAACAGCUGUGCGUCUGCAUGCGGGUGUGCAGGACAUGGAGCCGCUGGUGCUGUGAUAAAAGGCUGUGGACUCAGAUUGACCUCAGCCGUCAGAGAUCCAUUACCCCCCCAAUGCUGAGUGGUAUAAUCCGCCGCCAGCCCGUCUCCCUCAAUCUAGGCUACACAAAUAUCUCCAAAAAACAGCUCAUGUGGCUCAUCAACCGCUUACAAGGUCUGUUGGAGUUGAAUGUAUCAGGCUGUCCAUGGUCAUCUGUCUCUGCUCUGUGUCAGACGGUUUGUCCCUGUCUGCGUCUGCUGGAUUUGAGUCGAGUCGAAGACCUGAAAGAUUCGCACCUGAGGGAACUACUGGCACCGCCCAACUCAGACACACGCACAGGAGAUAGUAGAGGUGGACGGUUCCAGAAUGUUACUGAGCUGCGAUUGGCUGGUUUGGAGGUGACGGAUGCGGCAUCUCGUCUGCUGGUUCGAUACCUGCCUCACCUGACCAAACUGGACCUGAGUCAGUGUGGACAAAUCACAGACCAAACCAUCAACACACUCACAUCCCCAAUCUCCCCCCUCAGAGAGAGUCUCACACAUGUCAACCUUGCAGGCUGUGUGAAGGUGACAGAGCAGUGUUUGCCGUUGCUGAGGCGGUGUGUGUCGCUGCAGAGUGUGGACCUACGCUCGUGUGGUCUCCUACCCCCAGAGACAGAUGACAGACUGCUGCUGAAGAACAGUUAGACCCACCGCCAUGCACACUACAGCCUACAGCACGCCGCCAAAUGAGACGCAGCCCACAGAUCCAACCACACGCACUCUGAGGGGGGGCAAGGGGAAGGUGGGGGUCAUCGGGA